CUGGUGCACUUUUAUGCAGAACGGAUGUUGUUUUUUUCGUCUAUCUCUCCGAGAAGCCUUAAAGUCAAUUCAUGGAAAGACAUUGGAAAAUCAGAACACUUUUCAAUUCUACUUUUCUGGCUGUGGUUGGAAAGCAAAGUCCAUUUCCUGGGAAUCAAGUGAUAUCCUCUGGAUCAAACUUUUGGACAAACUCAUGUUCAUGAUGUUUGGGGAGGAUUUCUUCGAGUAUGUAUUUGAUGAGAAAAGAACAUGCCAUGUGCAUGAUGGUUUCAAGCCACAGUUUGUUUACAACAGACAUGAAUGGAAUUGUGAAUAUGAAAAUAUGAUUUCCAAUUCCUUUGGCUUUACCAGCAAAAUGCAAGGUGACCUGAAAGUGUUCCAGCAGCAGAAAAUGCCCAGCAAAUUUUCAAAGGCAAUUCAAAAUCAACCAGAGAUUGCAAAAGGUGCAAGCCACAAAAAUGAUGCCCUACUUGUAGAUGAACAUCUCCAUCAAACAUCAUCCAAUGUUGCUGGCAAAGAAAAUACUUCGACUGAUCAAGACAGGGUAAUAGCUGUGUUUCCACCACCACCAGCAGUAGCAAAAAUCCAGGUCUUACAGAUGGACCUUGCCACAUUGAAGGUUGGGAUGGAAGUCAGUGAUUCCAUUGUUGACUUUUUUCUUAUGUACAUAUCCCAAUCAUUGGACCAGGAUUUGCAUGACAGCAUUCAUGUGUUUAGCUCCUUUUUUUACACUAAGCUGUCAACUAGAGUUCAGAUUGGAGAAAUCUUUGUCUUGCCUAGUCCUGAUGAAAGAUAUGUCGAAGCAUCUAAGUUUACAAGGAGAGUGGACAUUUUCAAAAAGAAGUUUAUUUUCAUUCCAGUAUGUAGAAGUGGGCAUUGGUUCCUAUCUCUGAUAAAUAAUCUACCAACACUCACAAGCAGAAGAAGAAAGGAUGAUGGCUGUGCUGUAGUUCCAAUUCUGAUGAUUGACUCCAUUGUUUAUGGCUCAGAUAGAAAGAACUUCACUUGUUCUCCCUCCUCACGAGAACAAGAAGCAAACAUUAUCAGAAGUUUUAUAGAAUGUGAGUGGACGGCUAAAAUGAAUGAAUGUCCAAGUCCACACUUUACUUCCAAGACUAUGCCUGUCCUCUAUCCCAAGGUACCUCAGCAAGAAAACGGGUAUGAUUGCGGAGUAUUUGUUAUGCUGUUCUUCGAAGAAUUCUCAAGGCGAAAGUUUCCAGUAGGCGAGCUUCUUUCAGACAAAAUUCUCCAGUGGUAUAACCAAGCUUUAGCAUUUCAUUUGAGAGAGAGAGUCACAGACACCCUUUUGGCUACGGGAGCUAGAAUUUGAGACUUUACAACUACUCUUAUCGUUAUCUUAUGUUCAGUUGCCAUGACGCAUGUAAAGAAUGAUUAGUUGAAAUCUAUUAUUUUCCAUUCAUACAAAAACGGUGGUGAACGCAUUGAACAAAAGGCUUUAUUUGUCGUAAGGUUCCCAUGUGAACAAUGAGUUGGUAACGGUAAGGGUGAUAACCCCUUCGUAACAUAUCCCUGGCCCAAGUUUGACAAAACGUUUUCUGCUGCUAUGGUUUUUGUCUCAAUAUUACACCCAAAAGUUGCGCUUAACAACGAGGCUUGACUUUCAAAUUAUAAUUCUCAUUCUACGUAACCUGAUUAUCGACAUAUCGUGGGUUUUGUUUUGAAAGCAGAUGCUGAUGGGGCAUGAUAGUCUGCGCAGGUAUCGGAAUAAACGCGCGCUAAAGUUUUUCCAGCGAAGCCGCGAGAAAAAUGUUUAGGGUUCGCCGAUCGUAUGAAUUCCACGUGCGUAUUACAUCCGGCCAGCUACAUAAGCUAAAUGCUUGAUUGUAUGUAUGUCCCUCAGUCAUUGUUUUAAUGCCAUUUGAGUUUAGAUUCCAAAACGAAAUAAAGAAAA